AUGAGCGAUGACAUAGACAACCUCUCCUUCGUCGUCGGCUUCCCUCUUCCCUUCCGCGUUCUGUGCCUCGUUGGCCUCGGUAUUUUUGGUUGGGCUACGAACCUGCACGGCCUCAGUCUCUUUGGCAUUGAUGCCGCCAGCGCACUCGAUCUUCACACAACUCACGAUGGACUAGGUACACCGAUAACGGAUCAUCGAUGGCACAGUGGCUUCAAGUUCAUUGAGGACCCGUGGAUAUACUACGCUCCUGUGUAUCGACUGUCUGCGUUAUAUGCCUCGUUCUGUUUUCUCGCUUGGGUUCUCUACCAUUCUGCCACGCACACCAAUCCUGCAUACGCCGAUCCGUUCAAGUUUAUACCCGCCAUCUGCGCGCUCUGCGUGCUUAUAGCUCUUCUUACUCCUCAGAAUAUCAUCGAGAAGCGGGAACGGGAUGCUUUCCUUCUUUCUAUUCGGAGAUGUCUCUUCUCUCCACUCAACCGUCCUAUAUUCUUUUCUGAUGUAAUAUUCGCCGACGUCUUUACUUCUUUUGCAAAGGUGCUCGGCGACGUCUGGCUUUCUAUCUGUAUGCUACUUCCGGGCGGCAGUCUACUUGCCCUUCCACCUCAAGAUGGUUGGUCCAGAUGGAUCUUGCCUGCUCUUAUGAGCCUCCCAUAUCUAAUUCGUCUACGCCAAUGUUUAAUCGAAUACGCGCACCCAUCCAAUAUCAGCCGUCGUCCACUCUUCAAUGCGCUCAAGUACGCAUCUUCGUUCCCCGUUAUAUUCCUCUCCGCAGCACAACGCCUCGUUGUAUCGGAACUCGUAGCUGCAAAAGGCGACCAAGCCACUCAUGAGGCAUGGCACGGCGAACACCCCCUUUUCCGAUUAUGGCUGCUGGCCGCACUGGUUAAUUCACUGUAUUCAUUUUGGUGGGAUGUCACCAACGAUUGGGGUUUUGACCUUUUACGGCCAAACGUAUUUCCCAAUAAGCCUUCUCGUCCGCAAUCUCUGCCUCGUCCCCUCGUACUCCCAACUCUUCACGAACGCUCGGAAUCUCUUACGAGUGUUUCUGGACUGCUCACCACAAACUCCGUAGCUCACUCGCCGCAUCAUACUUCCCCAGUUCCCCAUUUGCACUCGACGCAUCCAUAUGGGCUACGCCCGACCCUCCUUCUACCGCUCCCCGUCUAUCCCUUCAUCAUCUUUCUCAAUCUUAUUCUGCGCCUUACAUGGGGUAUCAAGCUCUCGAGCCAUCUACACGCACAUAUGCAAGGCGACGGCUCAGCGUUCAUUUUUUGGAUCGAGAUCGCGGAAAUAUUGAGGCGGUGGGCUUGGGUGUUUGUACGUAUUGAAUGGGAGAUAGUGAAGCGCGCACAGGGUGGUGGCAGUGGAAAAGGCGGUAAGAUUAGAGAUGGACUCGAUCCAGAUGCCGACGAUAGAGAGGACAGUUAUGAGAUGGUUUUCGAUUCUACUCAUAGAGAGGCAGUUGAUCCAUGA